CUGUUUGGCCGCAGCGCCACUUAGUGGCCCUCUGUGGAAUUAAAGGGUCGGUGUGCCGCGUUGCAUUCUGGGUUACGGGCACCUCUUCCUCCGUCACGCAGUUCUCCCCUCGCAUAGAAGAUGGACGCGGGCUUUUUCCGCGGCACGAGCGCAGAGCAGGAUAACCGCUUCAGCAACAAGCAGAAGAAGCUCCUGAAGCAGCUGAAGUUCGCAGAAUGCCUGGAGAAGAAGGUGGACAUGACCAAGGUGAACCUGGAGGUUAUCAAACCCUGGAUCACCCAGCGAGUGACAGAGAUUUUAGGGUUCGAGGAUGACGUCGUCAUAGAGUUUAUUUUCAACCAGCUGGAGGAGAAGAAUCCAGACAGCAAAAUGAUGCAGAUCAACUUGACUGGCUUCCUGAACGGGAAGAAUGCUCGUGAGUUUAUGCGUGACCUUUGGCCCCUGUUGCUCAGCGCCCAGGAAAACAUUGCUGGCAUCCCCUCUGCCUUCCUGGAACAAAAGAAGGAGGAGAUCAAACAGAGGCAGAUUGAGCAGGAGAAGCUGGCCUCUCUGAAGAAGAUGGAUGACGAAAAGGAUAUUAAGGAGAACCGGGAGAAGGACCAGUCCAAAAGCCCGAGGAGGAGGAAGUCCAGGUCACCAUCACCUCGGAGACGCUCCCCAGCCAAGCGGGACCGGAAGCGAAGCCACUCGCGUUCACCGCGGCGCAAACCCAGCCCGGCACCCGGGCCCGGGGCGUCUCCUCUCAGCCAGCUCCGCAACCCAGAGCAGGCCCCGCCCGAGCCGGACCAGUCGGAGUGUGCCAAGCCCAAACUUCUCAUCCAGGAGGCCUCCUCCACCAGUGACCUGGUGAAGGAGGUGAAGCCGGACUCCGCAGCAGAAGCCCGGGAGCCUUCCCCAGACAAGUCCUCGCGCAGGGAGGAGAAGGCCAGGCCGCGGGACAGGGAGAAGGAGGGCCGGCGGGACAGGCCCCGGUCUCGGUCCCGCUCGCGCAGACGGCCGCGCUCCCGCUCCAGGUCCUAUUCCCCCCGUAGGAGACAGAGUCCCCGCAGGCGCACAUCGCCGCGCCGCCGGAGCCCCCCCAGACGCCCCCCCCCUGCACCCAGACACCGGCGGAGCCGCUCCCCAGCCCGCCGCAGGCGAUCCCCAUCCCCCUCUUCAUCUGGCAGCAGCUCUUCAUCCUCUUCCUCACGGUCUCCUCAAAAGAAAGUUCUAAAGCGUGUAUCUAACACACCCCCCCGGAAGCCUCGUGGGGCCCCCGCCAGUCCCGCCAGGAGGCGCGGGGCGCACGCCAAUCUUGGAGCCAGCCCCCCGCCCAAGGGCCGCCGGUCUGCCUCUCCCCGGCCCCGGCGAGGCCGCGCCUCAGUAUCCCCCUCCAGGUCCUCGGGGUCUAAACGGAAAGCAGGUGUGAAGAACGAGUCCCCGUCUCCUGCUCCAAAACCCCGACGGUCGGAUCCCUCAGAGUCAGAGGAUGAUAAAGGUGGGAAGGGGGCUACAGCAGAUUCUGUGCAGCAGCGACGUCAGUAUCGCAGGCAGAAUCAGCAGUCUUCCUCAGACACUGGGUCCUCCUCAUCCUCUGAGGAUGAAGGGCCAAAGAGGCAGAGCGCAGGCCCUGCAGCCACUGCCAGGAAUGGCGAGAUUAAGAAGCGCCGCACGCCUCCCCCAGCCUCGCCCCGCCGCCGGCACAGGGACGCCUCCCCCAGGAGACGCCGCACGCCUUCCCCGCCGGGCCGCCGUCACCGCUCACCCUCACCCCCUCGGAGGAGGCGCUCUGCCUCCCCACCCCCCCGCCGCAGGUCCCCCACCCCCCCUCCACGCAGGCGCUCUCCGUCUCCACGGCGUUACUCCCCCCCCAUCCAGAGGCGCUUCAGCCCAUCUCCACUGCCCCCCCCUAAGCGGAGGGCCUCGCCUUCUCCGGCACCCAAGCGUCGACCCUCCAGGUCCCCUAAACACCGAGGCUCACCACCCCCAAAGCGCCGGGGCACCCCGCCUCUGUCGGCCUCGCCGCCCUGCCACCGCCGCAGCCCCCUGCUGCCCGCCGGGAGGCCGCCCAGGGAUGCCCGUUCCCCUGCACCGCCAGGCUCACCCCCACAGCCGCAGCGGCGCCAUUCCCCAUCGCCGAGUCAGAGGCCCAUCCGCCGUGUGUCCCGCACCCCCGAGCCCAAGAAGGUCAAGAGGACUUCUCCGAGCCCCCAGCCUGUGAGGCGGAUGCCAUCUCGCUCCCCCGCCGCCUCCCCUGAGCCGGCGAUCAGGAAGCGUCCUGCGGCACCUUCCCCGCCCCCUCCGCCGUCACCCUCGCACUCUGCCAGCGCCUCCCCCCCGCCCCCGGCAACCAAGGCCCAUAGUGGCUCUGCCAGCCCGUCUCCUGCCAAGAACUCGGACGUUGAGGCCGGAGGCAAGAAGAAGAAGAAGAAGAAGGAGAAGAAGCACAAGAAGGAGAAGAAGCACAAGAAGCAUAAGAAACACAAGAAGGAGCGGGGGCCCGGGGGCCCGGACAACGCGGGACCUGGGGGCCCGGACAACGCGGGGCCCGACGGUGACUCCGAUCCCAGAAAGGAUUCAGACAGUGAAGUAGAGGAGAGCUUGGAUGAGCUGGAGAGACACCUGAGGGAAAAGGCGUUGCGCUCCAUGAGGAAGGCCCACAUGUCCCCAGCGGAGUCAUGAAACCCUCCUCUUCCUCACCUUCCACUUUGUUUUGUCCUGUUAACUGGGUUCAGCUUAGAAUGUACAAACUGCUGUCUGUUUAGGUUAUUUUUCUUGUUUUCUCUUUGAGGAUGGGGCUGUGUAUUUUCUGUAUAGCAGCAAGGGGUGGAUUAGUAAUCGUUUUUGGGGGGGGGGGUGGGGGGGGGGGGCAGUGUUUUAAGACAUGCGAUGGACUCUCUGGGUUUUGUGCAGGUUUGUUUCAUUCGCUCUGUUCAGGAAAGACUCUGCAUGCCUGCAG